AUGGGAGAGCAUAAUCUUCUUAAUCCCGGGUUUGUGGGACCUCUGGUGAAUAUUCAUACCGGGGACACUUUCUACUUCCCUAAUUUCAGGACCUCGGGGGGGCAGUUACCUGGUUUGCCCUCCCUGUCUUACCCAAGGAGGGACAAUGUGUGCUCUCUGCCCUGGGCAUCCACAGAGCCAUGCAAUGCCUACUCUCAGCCCUAUCUCGGUAGCCCAGUUUCCAUUAACCCUUCCUUCGGCAGAGCCUGUGAUCUGGCCCGGGUGGAGGAGACCAAAUGUUACUACAGGGAGGCGUGCCCUGAGCCCCCCAGCCUGAAGAGAGAGGAGAGGGUGAGGGACAAUGUUCUGAUGCCCUUGGACAGCGGUCUCCCCAAUGGAAUGUCCAGCAACAGCUUCCACAAAUACGAUUACAAUGUAGCAGACGCGGGCGCCCACGAUCCACCAUCCUGCCAGUCUCUAGAGUCAGACUCCAGCUCGUCGCUGAUCAAUGAAGGCACCAAGAAUGCCACCAGUGAAGGUGGCACAAUGGCUUCUCCGACCAACCAAGGCAGCAGCCUCCCUGCCAAUGGUAAGGAGCUUCCUUAUAAGAGCAGAUUUAGGGAUAUUGUGAACCCAGGGCUUUGCUUUCAUUUCUACAAAGCAUGUCAAUCCCUGGCUGCUUUGCUUAGGGCUUCCUUUGAUUGCAGAGAGAUUUUAUUGGCAUUUUGUAUGGGAUUACCACGUAUGUAAGACCAAAAACCGCUAGGGGUAGCACUAAAAUACCUUAAACGCUUUAUUAGGUGAUGCCUAUUUUAAAAGAGACAAAAGGGGAGGGGGGUAUGUGCAUGUAAAUAUCCUAUAAAAUUGGGAAUUGUUCUUAAGCCACCCUCACAACCUUCAGAGAUGGUUGUUAAGGGAGACGAUGUUUAAUGAACAACAAUCCCACAAAACUGUUUAUUGCCUCCUAAGACAUACCAAAUGUGUAGUGAAAGCGCCUAAUUUUAGACUGCAUGUAUAUCAUUUUCAUUCUCUGUCAUACAACGUGCUAAUGAAAGGACAGGAUAGGUAGACAGGCAGACAGGCAUACAGGCAGAUAUUUUACACUAACAAAUACAGAUAUAUUUUAUUUUUAUUUUAAAUAAGUUUAUUUUAUUUUUUUGCAAAAAUAGUUAAGAUGCGUUUAUAUCUUUAGCUUACCGAUCCAACAUGUCAUAGUUAAAAAAAAAUCUAUCUUAAAUAUAAAGAAAAUCAUCUAUCUAUCUUUCAAUAUAUCUAUCUAUUUAAAUAUCUAUCAUAUAUCGGUCUGUCUAUUUCUCUCUCUGUCUGUCUGCCUGUCUUACUUUCUAUCUAUCUAUCUACUUAUCUAUCUUCUGUCUGUCUGUCUGUCUGUCUUUAUUUCUAUCCAUCUGUCUGUACGUCUGUUUGUCUGUCUGUCUAUCUUUCACAUAAAUCCUUGUAUAUAGGGUUUUGAGGGAUGAUAUUAAUGCUAAAUUCGACCAAUCCACAUCUGUGUUUCCCCAUCGCUUCUGCUUAGGGGCUCCUUGGUACCCAAUGCACACGAGGUCCCGCAAGAAGAGAAAACCCUAUUCCAAACUACAGCUGGCUGAACUGGAAGGGGAGUUUAUGGUUAAUGAAUUCAUAACCAGACAACGGAGGAGGGAACUGUCUGAUCGGCUGAGCCUCAGCGACCAACAAGUCAAGAUCUGGUUCCAGAACCGGCGGAUGAAGAAGAAGAGACUUCUCCUGAGAGAGCAAGCCCUGACAUUCUUUUAACCCUGCCCUGCCUGUAGGGGGCGCUGGGAAUAGCGGCCACCACAAGCUCGCUGAGAACUGUAGACUGACCAGGUUUGAUAAAGUCUUUCAUAAUUUCUGUGUCACCAGCUCAAACACCGAAUUCUGGAAUGAGGGAGAAUUCGGCAGCCAAAUAAACUGAAGGGUUCUAGAAUGCUGAGUGCAGUUUCGGAUUACUGGACGCUUCUUAGCCAAUCCUUGACAUUCCUUCCCAAAGAAUUGCGCCUCCCAUGGCUUCUAGAAGGUUGUUUUUAUUUCUUGGCCCUCCAUUUGUUACGUCACAUUUAGCUUUGGUCCUGUCAGUGUUCCCAGUGUUUGUCUCCCCUUAUUGCGAGGCUAUGAAUUUCACCCUAAAUGAACCAUGUGCUGUACUUUUCAAAGGGGUGGGGAAUCAACAGUGUGUCCAGUGAGUCCCAUUAACUAUCCUACUGGCCUGAGAUACCCCCAAAAUACAAACAUGAUUCAUUAGCUUGGGGACUCUGCAGUGCAAGACCAUAACUGAGUUCACCAGAUUUAUCAGGAUGAUUAAUUCCUUCUUGAAAAAAAACUUUUUUUUAAUUAAAGGGUCACUUUCACUUCUUCAUAAAUCCGGUGCAGUUGUUCUGCUCCAGAGCUUGUCAUGGCUGUGCUAUUUGCAGUAUUAGAGGAAUGUGCCUAGGGAAAUGGCCUAUAUAGUAUUAAAUGAGGAAACUCGGUGGGGCUAUGUUUUUUCAUUGUUUCUAUCAUGUAUGUGGAUGGCAAAGUUACAUAUACGCACACUCCAUGGGUGCCAUUUAACCCAGAUAUACUAAAAGUAUUUAAUGAUGUAACCACUUGUUAAAAAGCUAGUUUACAGCCUCACUGACAGAGGAAUUGCCUCUAUAUCCAAAGACAUUUCAUUUCAGUUCUUUAAAACAUUGAUAUAUAUAUAUGUAUUUAUAUAUAUCCUAGAAAUACAUUUCAUUUCUUUAUAUAUAAUGUAUAUACGUGUAUAUCAUAGAACGACAUAUAAAUACUUACACAUCAUGUUCAUUUUGAUGAAGGAAGUCCAAGUGAGGAUAGACAAAUUGGAUUGCUGCACCACUUUCAUUUAAAUAAAUGUUUAUUAUCAAGACCCUGAGUGCUCUGUAUUUUAAUUGUGUUUGUUUUUCCUCCAGGGGUUGGCCCAUCUUUUUUCUUUAAAUAUAAAUUAUUGUAGCCAUAAUGGAUUAAUUAUUAUAAGGAUUUAAAUAAAAUAAACUCACGCAAGAAAAUAACAUUAAAUUAAAAAACAAAUAAAAACUGUGAAUCUCCUUGAAAAUUAAAGUUCGGUUUAAUCCAUAAAAUGAUCGUUAUGGUGGUAUUAACAUUAAAUGACUUUUAAUUGCUCGCUAGGAAAAGUAAGAAUUCUUUGAAAACAAGGUCCUGGUGAUUUUCAUUGACACAAUUAAGACACCAAUUUAAAUCCCCUUUAAAUGUGAUAUGUAACCUCUCGGCUAUACUCUGCCUGCCUUGGAGUAUUAACAUGCUGUAGGCUGCCUUUCUGUGUGUGAGGGGGAAAUACCCAUUAGCCAGAGUAAUAACUGUCAGGUGUACGUAUCAUAAAAUGUUUAUUGAAUUCCCUGGGCAAAGAAAAAAUUUAAAUUGUACGAAGGAUGGCCGAUUUCUUAUUAAUUCAGCAUCUAAAAUAAAAUCAGACACAGAGUGCACUUAACAACCACACAAAAAAAAUGUGUUAUUAUUUUUCUUUCAUUUAUAACAUUUUUCUUAUCUGUCUUACAAAGUGCUUAAUAAAGUCUGUUUGAUGUGACUAAAUACAGAAAAAGGAUAAAAAGAUAGAGACAGCCAGACAGACAGAUAGAUAGAUAGAUAGAUAGAUAGAUAGAUACAGAGCAUAUUAAGAGAAAGAAUGAUAAGAUCGUGGGCAAAGAUAGCACUGUAGGGACCUUUUCUCCACUGCGAGCUUUGCUCCAUUCGUUUAAUUUCAAAGGGGAUUAAUUUUAUUGCAAACCAGCAAUUUCUAGGAUGUUUAAAUUACCACCACGUGCUUCUCUUUACGUUCAUGGUCAUGGCCGCCCAGUACUGGCUAAAUAACUUCUUAUUUAUGAUCUGUAAAGUAAAGAGUAGAUCCCAAGAAAAAACUCAUUGAAUGGGGGCUGUUUUUCAUCAACAUUUAAGUUAGCCCACACGGCUAGAUUUCUUUUUUCACUUAACAUCAAUAGCAGAGGAAAGGUACAAUAUUGAUGGGGCACCAAGAAAAGACCACCUAUGGAACCACAGCUGCUUAGUGGGGGGCUAUGUUUCCCAGGAGUCUCAGCCAACCUAUAGGAUGGCUUAGCCACAUGAGAGUUGCAGAAUCCUGUAGCUCUUCUGCUACAAGUAUCUAAUCUCUGAAUGUAUGUGAUCAUCCUACCUAUCCCUGUAUUUUAUGUUUGCAUUACGAUUCUAUAAAUUAAACAUUUCCCAUCAUUUCUGACAAAGAAUGGUAGACAAACAGACUCUGAGUACGAGGGAUCUCGUAUUGUUACUGGAAGUAACAUGACUUCUGAAGAACAAAAAAACAAAUUCAAUGCAAUAUAUCAUCUUGACUGUUGGUCUUACUUGAGUGCAAUAUUCAAUUUAACACUGUCUUGUGUGAUCAAUUUCAGCAUGGAAUGACAUUUUUGAAAUCAGUUAGUGUCUGAAUUAUGACAAAAUCCUUUGUCUAGAGGACUCCCCACCAGUUUAGAAAAUAAAUUAUGUUAAUCCAAAAAACAUGCAGUAUUUUAAAGGGGUGUAUAUGCUUUGUUUAUUCUUUGGGUUUUUUUUUUUUUUUAAAUCCUUCUAAUGAAGUCAUAUUUUAAAUCUCAAAUAUCAUUAUAUUGCAAACAAAAAGAAUAUAUAUUGUUUCUAAUUGUUUUUAACAUCCUGAUGUGAAUGUCAGGUCCAUUGUGGUCGUCUUGACAUAUGCAUUACAUUUAGUAUUUUAGUAAGGGUCUUAAUAUUAUUGCCUACCUCAUCUAACAUGGUAGGGACAAGAUUUUCAUUGCACGUUUCAUCUUUAUAUACAUAUGUAAAUUGUUUUGUUUUUUUCGUAAUAAUAAUCUCAAAAAUGUACUUUAUGUGGAUUCAAACAAUAAAUGAAUUUGUCAAAUAUAACGUGGUUGAAUCUGACUGUUUAUUUACUUAUUUAUUUGAACUUUUUUUUUUACAUUCUAUAUUGUUACAUGUUUAAAACUAUCCUUAAUAGGCCAUUUCUUAUUUAAAAUAACAUUUUAGCUGUUAAUCAGCUCUUAGCCAGAAGGUUUUGCUUACUAUAAGCAGACAGACUUUUCUCACAGCCAGAAUAGGAUUAAUGACAAAACCAUACAAGCUCAGAUUGGUGUACAUUUCAACUCCAGGUCUGUGCAUAGACACCUCAUUUAAAUAUAUUGAUUGGUUGUAGGUUUAUAAGUCCAGCAAAUGCUAGGUUUUCUUUUACAAUUUCUUUUAUAAUAUUAUUAAUACAUUUAAUGGCAAGAAUGUGAACAAAUAAUAAUAAUAUGAAAAUACAAAGUAACGUUUCUACAUAUUUGAUGUCUUUAAUAUAGAUAUAAUAUAAUUUAUAAAAAUAAUAUUUUCUUGAAAAAAAAAUGAAAUAUACUAUUUUCUCAUCGUUGGUUCAUAUUUUAGUAAUACAGUUUCGAAAUUUAAAAAUUAUAUAUAUAUAUAUAUGCUAGAUUGGGCAGAAAUGAUUUGUGAUUUGAUGAACAGAAGAUAUAUCGCUGAUGUAUCGGUCCUUUUGUUAGUAUCUCCGCAUGGCUGGAGUCUUAGAGAGGUAGUCUGCACAAUAAGUUCAGAUGAGCUCCAAAGAUCCAUUGUCUGGAUGUGAACGUUACAGCCCAGUUAUAAAAAAGGGGGUCACCAUUUUAGUGGAAAAACAGAUUUCGCUAGAACUAUGGGUUAUUAUUCUACAAGUUUAAGAAUAUGAUUAAUUCGCUUAGUAUCCCCUACAUGUAAAAAUGAGAAGAUUUUAGUAGCUUGAGGUUUCUUUCUCUAGAUGUGUCUGUGUGGGUACCCUCAUUUCUUUAUUUUUUUAAUUUUAUUUUAAUUUUUUACACCCUUGAAAUAAUUUGGCAUUUGGAAUUCAAAGUAAUUGUAAUUCAGAAAGUGAUACAAACAUAAAUCAGUCUAGAUACUUUGAUUUGUCUUUAAACCCAGAACUCUUCUCUAAUCCUGUGUCUUUCACUGUCUGGUUGGCCCCUCAAAAUAGAUUCAGCAUUUUCAAAUAUUUAAAUUUUGUUUUCUUAGUAAUCCAGUAUCAAGCUUGUGGGUUUGGUUAUUAUUACUUGUAAAAACAUAUGUAAUGUAUCAACGUGACAUGAUUAGUAAUUCUGCACUUAAUUAUAUCUUCUUUAUCUAUUUAUUAAAUUUCAUUCUAAUUGCAGAAUCUUUCUCCUUGUUAAGAUAUUAUUAUUAUUUCCCCAACAUAAAUUGACUUCACACAUAGAAUAAAUAGUAACUGUGGAUUUUUCGUGUUUCUAUAAUUUAUUUGUUUUUGGUGCAAGAAACAGCCUUCAGUAUGUUUCUUACUCUAAUGAAUUCAUGAUGCAAACAGAGAGAAAAUAAUGUUUUCUGAGACUCCGGCGCCCCCAUAUGAUCUUCUACUAAAACAACCAAAUUCCGAGAUAUAUUUUUAAUGGUUUUAGAAACACUCACCAGCGUUCACAUAUAUAAGAAAAGUCCAUUUAACAACGCAUUGUAAAAAUGUAUUACCGAGCACUCACAUUACACAAUGGGUUAACAUAAUCACUGCUCACAGCUGCAAAGGAAAUUAUUGUGAGACUUUUUCAUAAAUGUGAAAAUAACCAAAUCAGGCGGUUCAGGUAUUGCACACUGCCACACUAGGGAUAAGUUUAACCCUUCCAUUGACCGUUUGAAAGACAGCAAGGCCCAUCUGUCACAGUCAGAUUUAAGGCCAAAGUAGCUAAACCGAAAGCAUAGCUGACUUAGAGAAUUUCUCCAAUUCGGCUAUUUUGACCUUAAAUAAGAAAUUCACUUUGAAUUCAAUUUGCACCCUUUAGUGAAUAAAACUGUAACUGUUAGCUUUAAGGUUACAGAGCUGUUCACUGGAUUCUUUUUCAGUCUUGUUACUAGAAAACCACAUCUUCCUGGAAAUGGGCACAUUAAUGCAAUAAAUCGUUAAAAAGCAAGGGGUUUGCGGUCUAAAACGCCCUUUAUGGCACCCGUAAAAGCAUAGUCGCAGUUGUGAUCACCAGUGAAUGGUACGUACACUAUUGGGACUAAUAUUGUAGCCAAUAGUGUGUACAGGGCAUCUGCUCUACAAAAUCGAUCGAUAGAUAGAUAGAUAGAUAGAUAGAUAGAUAGAUAGAUAGAUAGAUAGAUAGAUAGAUAGAUAGAAUUAAUUGAUAGAUAGAUAGAUAGAAUAGAUAGAUAGAUAGAUAGAUAGAUAGAUAGAUAGAUAGAUAGAUAGAUAGAUAGAUAGAUAGAUAGAUAGCUAGAUAGCUAGAUAGAUAGAUAGAUAGAAUGAAUAGAUAGAAUGAAUAGAUAGACAGACAGACAGACAGACAGAUUGACAGACAUAUAGAUAGAUAGACAGAUAGAUAAAAGAUAGAUAAAAGAUAGAUAGAUAGAUAGAUAGAUAGAUAGAUAGAUAAUAGAUAGAUAGACUGAGAGAUAGAUAGAUAGAUAGAUAGAUAGAUAGAUAGAUAGAUAGACUGAGAGAUAGAAAGACAGAGAACGACAGAUAGUGAUAUAUACAGGGGCAAAAAUAAUAGUAAUUUUAAAAAGCUACAAAUAAUUGACAGUUUGGAAAAUGAAUAACAUUUUUUUUUAAAAAUAUUUGUUUAUUUUGGCAUGAGGUUUUCCCAUCAUAAAAUUUUUAUUUAAUGCAACUACACGGGUCUCUCCCAGACAGACACACAGCUCAUUAAUGGGCCUGUCCCAGUUUGUGGCAUUUAAAAAGACAAAUGCCACCUGUGAUAUUAUUUGGAUACACCCAAACCUGCACCCAGUACUGUGGCUCAUACUAACAGCUCUCUAAUACUUUCGGCGAAUGUUGAUCGCAACAGUGAUCUACAUAUGAAAGACUGGAGACAAAAAUGUGAAAAUCAGAAAUGUGGUUUAUUUACUAAAAGAUUAAUUGUGGUGUCUUGAUGAGGAUGGGAACAAUAUCAACUACCUUAACACAAUAAACGAUGUAAAUAAAUAUAAUGUAGUUAACUUUUUUUUUUUUUUUAUUUAAAGCUCCAAACUUUGGUCUGUCUGUGUGUCUGUACUUAAAGACAGAAUAUACUAAUAAAUCCAUUUGUCUGAAUGAUUUAGAUGUAUCUAUACUUGGAACUAGGAUUAUUAUAUUAUCAUGUAUUUAUUUAUUUAUUUAUACAUCAGUUGUCCCUAUAAUCAUUUAAGUCACAUUUUUAAUAUUGAAGUUAUUUAUUUAUUUAUUGCAUUUAAUGUAUGUGUUUCAGAAUAUUAGGGAUAUAUUCACUAAAAAGCGAGUUCUGGUGCAUUUGCUAAAUUUAGGCCAAUAUAUCCACCCUGUAAAAAAUCAUUCAAUUGCAGUUUUUUUUCCCAAAACAGUUAUAUUUGUCUGGAUUUUCGAAUAUAGUGAGCAAAUUCUAGUUUUAAUAUAAGAGAAAAUGUCUAUUUUUCCAUGAUUCCCCAUUCUUUCGCUGUAUUUUUUAUGUCAUGUGAAUACCCUGACCAUUAGGGUUAAGUAACGGAUUGACCACCAUAUACAGCACUUUGCUGGAGGGGGGGACUCCUAGUGGGUAAAAUGAGUUUGCACAUUCAAGCACUCUGUCUGCUUCUCAGCAGCCCUUAUAACUAAUGGUUCUUCACUUUAUAUUAAAGCAUUCUGUGUUAAACCCGGUAUGGUACAUGUCAGAGCAGAACAUACUGAGCACGCAGUGGGUUAUCUGGAAUAACAGCCCUUGGGUUUGGAGUAGGGACCAGAACUAGGAGCCAAUAAAUAAUGUGAAUAUAAAACAUUGCAAUUUAGAAUCCUAGCCUGGCUCUACCCUGCAGACACUGUCAUACUCCAGCGAAAUUCAGUUAAUCUGGACUCUCUUUUACAUAUACCUAUAAAUGAAUCCCGAGCGACUAUUUUUCACAGGAGAUAUAUGGAAGUCCCAUAUUAAGAGGGUAGACAGUUAAGAUGUGAAGGAUAAGGGGCUAUAUAAAGCCCCCCAGUCUCCCUGAGCCCUGCAGGCCACUAAAUAGUGAGGAUUGAAGGCUGAAUGGAGUGUUGCUGAAGAAUUGUUUAUGCAAUUUACUCUCUCCCCUGAAUUUUAUUGCAAUAAAUGAUUGUAAUCUUUCAUAUUAACAGUUUAUUGGGUGUAAACUAUGGCACAGCCACACUGCUGGUGUACAUCUCCUUCCCAGACUGGGGCUAAUCACUAAACACUGACAUGGAGUGACUGGGCUACAAAGUUUACACCAAAUUAUCCGAAUUGGGCAAAAUAAAAAAUCUUCCUGCUAAGAUCUCUCUGUGUGUUAGAAGCCUUAUUUUACAACUCUUUUAUUGUGGCCUAAAUGAUGCAAGCCAUAUACUUAGCACAGCUCCCUGUUAGCGAAUAGAGUUGCUAAUGGUUUUAUAAAUUAAUUGCUACUUUCCAAACCGACACCAUGCGACCAUCUAUCACCAUUCGGAAUAAAUGUGUGUGCAUAUGUGUCUAAAUAAAUAGAAAUAGGCAUGUACUCCUUUAUAUUCAGUAAUAUGGUGUUAAUCUAAUGUUUUAUCUGUUGGUUGCUGAAGUUACGCAGCUGAAUUCUCUGAAAAACAAUUGCACUAUCUACCGAUCUAUCUAUCUAUCUAUCUAUCUCUGUCUGUCUGUAUUUGGCAAUUACUGUUUGCUGACUUAUAUAUGGAUGUAUAAAUUAAUAUUUUAAUACUUUUCUAACUGAUAUGUGGGUGUUUGCGUGUAUUUACAUAAAUUUGAGGGCGAAUUGUGCAUGCAUAUGUUUGUGGUAUAUGUUUGGCUUUUAUGAUUGGUUGCGUUGCUUCUUUAUAGUAUCUACUUUUUCUUGUGAGAGAUGGAUUAAAUAAAAGUACGUGUGUGUGUGUCUGUGUCUGAGUGUGUGUGAAUGUGUAUUUGUCUGUUUGAGAGUAUGCGUGAUACACUGUAUGAGUGUAUAUUUUGUGUGUCUAUGCAUUUAUUUUUGUUCGUGUAUAUGAAUGAAUGAAGGAAUGCAUUUACAUAUUUGUCUAUGAAUUAAUAUCUUGUUUGCAUGUUCGCUUGCCGUUGUGUGUGUUUGCCUAUGUGUAAUGUUAAUUGUUGUGUGAAGUCUGUAAAUUAUUACUUUCACGUGUAUUACCAUAUAUUUAUACAGCAUGCACCUAUGCAAAAUAUAUUAAUAAGUCCUCCCUUUAAUAUUUUACAAUCAGAAUACAUUUCGGGGGGAAAAAAUAUAUUUGUGUUAUUUAAUCUGCUGUAUUCAGUGUAACUAUGCGUGUCGCUAAUAUAAUAUUGAAUAAUAUUCAUUGAUUUGGCGAGUCUGAUAUUUAUUAAUUUAUUAAUUUACAUUUAUGAUUAUAUAGUGAGUUAUACUUUGUUUAAGCCGUGUUCGGUUACUGUGUGUACUGCAUUAAGUAACAUUUUAAUCGAUCCGGCGGUAUUUGAUUGUUAGUCCACCAAAUGUAUAUCUAUAUAUUUUUAUUAGUGUCAAACUAUUUUUUUUAUUCAGCAAGUAAGAAAUAGAUAAUUGUAUGCGAGGAAGUGGUGCAAUACAAAAAGAACAAAACAGACAAUUAAGUAAUGAACUAAUUAACUUAUCUAUAUAAUAUAUCAUGUGUGUAUAUAUAUAUAUAUAUAUAUAUAUAUAUAUAUAUAUAUAUAUAUUCUUAUUUACUAUCCUGGCAGAAUGCAUACUUACACAUACAUAUAUUUUAAUGUAGAACCAUAUAUUAUUAUGUACUUAUAUAUAAUCAUUAUAUCUUAUCAUACAUACACACAUACAUUGAUACAUACAUAUAAUAAUGUAUGUAAUAAAUACAGGAGGACAUACAUGCAUUCAUUCAUGCACACCAAUAUUUAUGUGUGUAAUGAAUGUAUAGAGACAGGAUGAGGAAGAAUAGAGAGUAUUAAUGCAUAUAUAGUUUCCAAUCUGAACUCAUAGAUGGAAUGCUUUGACACACAGAUACACACUGGUAUGUUUGGCUGUAUUUCUUUAUGUACAUUCUAAUUUGUUCUGGAUUUAGAUUUUAUUUGGUUCUGUUUUCCAUUUUUAAGGGCUCUGUAUGGUAAACUGAGUGCAGGGAAUGUGUAACAGAAAGGUGCAUUGUACAAAGGAAGCUGAUCUCUUGGUGCAGACACAUGAAAUGAUUGCUGGAAAGAAGGGAUUAUUGUUUUAUUUUCCUUUAUCCCCAGCUACAAAUUCCACUCCCAUUCUCCCCUCUGCAAAGCAUUCCGGAUGUAACAGAUCCGCCCACCCCUUGCGAUCUGGGAUACAUUAGCUCUCCUUGCUUGCCAUUUCUCCCCUGUACUCCCCCAUCCUUAAAGAAUAGCCACCCCCUCCCUCUAUUCCCCCAACUCUACAGACAACGACAAGGUUCUAACAACAAAUACACAAACAAAACAAAACAGAUUGUACAAGUGCAUUGUAUUAGCCCUUAACGAAAGAUUUGGGAGUUUUGGUAAGCAGUGCCAUAGUUAAUCUUGUCAGCCUGCUGUCUACUUGUGUUUACAACUGUCUGUCUGGGUGGGUGGAGUUCCCUUGCAAAGUGAAGGUCAAGUUAACAUCCUUCCUUAUAUGGCAUUUGAUGGUCUCCCAUUUUCACCCCUUUGUCACAACAAGGCUAAAGGGGAAUUGCUUUCUUAAUGCUGAUAAACAGUGUCAUAGACAUAUGCUGCCUCAGCUCACGUUUGUGCACAAUCAACCUUAAAGAUGCCUUAACGUUAUGGACAAGCAAAUGGCUUUUGGGACGAUGCCUUUCUUCCCCCUCUCCCUCUCUCUCUCUCUCUUGGAUAGAUCCAGCCUUCAAACGAGAUUUUCUUUCAACAAUCUGCAAACAACACGUCUGCUUUCCAGAGGAUGUUAAAAAGAAAAAAAAAAGGCCCAGUUAGACAAUGUCUCAACAGUUCAGUUUCCUUUUGCUGAAAACAAUGCAGAGCAAAUCGGUAAGAGAAAAGAAAUGUAUCCACAGAUCUUCUAUCUGAAACAAAGUUACAUUUUGUGUGUCUCUUCAGGCCUUGGGUCCCAUUUACAAGCAGACAUAUGGGUAAUAUUUUUUAGAAAAUAGUACAUAUAUCUGUGUAAAAUUACUUUUGUUGUUGUUGUUGGUUAGAAAGUAAACGAGAUUAUUCCUACAGAAUCCCCCCCCCCCUUCUUAAUUGUUGAGGAAGUCAGUAAUCCCCCACACAAGGCCUCGAUGUGCUAUUACAACCACUAAACCUGUGUGUAAAAUCACGUGUGAAAACCAGGCCUGUUUGACAGGUGUUAGUAAAUUUAGCGUGUAUUGAUUUAUUUAUUUUUUUCCUAUAUUUUUCUUUGAACUCUUGCAAUAAUUCAUAUAAUUUUUUUUAUUUUUUUUUUGGGGGGGGGGGGUUUGGUUUUUUUUCUGUGUGUGAACUAUAUGCUGUGUUAUUUAUUGAUCUCUAAUACCUAUCACUGUACUUAAAGAAGUCUAAAAAUUCCUUUUGCAACAAUAUGAACCAGUUUUCCUGUAGUUACAUCAUUAUUAAAUCGAGAUACCCCUUAAUAACUAGAUUACAUAGGAUAUGAAGCCCUCUUGCUAAAUGGCUGGGUGACUAGCCUAAAUAAAUGCUCUGUCUUCUCGAUUACACUUUAUACUGGGGUGGUAUUUUUUCCAAAUGCCCCAGUCUUAAAAGGGAACCAUUGUUACAAUGAACUUGGUCUGUCUGCAUCUUGAAUGGCAUAAAUAGACCUGGCCAGAACACUCUCUAAAGCUGUACAUAAUCUAUACAAUCUGGACCGAAUGUUUCGACUGUUACCAGAUGUGCUCCUCGGCGUCUUACAUUACAUACAUCUCUUGUUGUGUGUAAUAUUGUAAUAUCUCUUUGUGGGAUUUAGUUCCCAUCGUUGAAAGUUAAGGGAGUUGUGAUUAUUAUUUAUCUAUAAUUGCUCUGCUAUGAUGCUGUCUGUAUAAUGGUCUCAAAAUCAGAUUGUGGUGUAAUAUAGUUUAUUUUAUCAAAAUGCAUUGUGCGGUGCAUUAAGAGCUGUGAAUUACAAUUACUAUAGCUCUCAGACUGCCAGGAGAUUAGAGAUGCAAGUUGCAGACUAUAUAUUCUGAAUCUCAUUAGUUAUUUUUUCUAUCUUUGUCUAAAGCUUGUCAUUGAUUUCUACCUAUCUCUGGGACGCCACUCACUUUAGUAAAUAAGAUGUGUCGAAUUUCACUGCAGCUGGAAGACCCUCUCUCUCCCCCACCCCAGUGGAGUGAUGGCAGAUGUUACUAGCACCCAAUUGCGCAUUUCUUAAAUAUUGUACACGUACACACCCCUGAAGAGCAUCCAGUAUUUGUAUACUAGGGGUGUGUUCACUAAGCAGCAACUUGGAAUACAUUGACAACCGACUUGCAAGAUUUACACUAAAAAAACACAUAGGAAUACAUUUCAUUUUGGCUAAUUUAGGGUUUUGGCUUUCCCUCUUCUGUUAUUUGGGAUUCAUUUUUUCAAUUCGGUUCUAAGCCAAUUCAGUGACUAGAUCCCAAAUGGUCUUUCUCAGUAAAUUAUAAACGCAUUAUUUUCAUGUAUACAUUUUUGUUUCAUACAUUGUUUUAGUGUGAAUGUAUUUGUUUUAAUUGCCUUAAUUUUCUAAAGUCCAAGUUCUAGUGUAACUAUACUGCAUUAAUACAUACUCCUUCCUUCUACAAUGACAACGAAUAUUUACAGGAUCUGACAACUUGAUACUAGUAUCUUAAUAUAUUGUUUUUUCUGCUGUUGUUGUGUUUAGUUGUAUACGAUCAAUAAUUGAGAGCGUUUUUCGUCGGUCCAAUAAAAUAAUCUAGAUUUCUAAUGUUUUAGUGCAGUCCUUUCCAGUCUGUCUGUCUGUUUACGUAUUACCUUUCUGUCUGUAUGUCUAUCUACCUACCUAUCUAUCUAUAAAAAAACAACAACUCCCAGGCAUUCAAAAUAAUUGUAGUAUAUGAAUACAUCAUUAUACACAUAUAUAUGUAUACACUUAAAGACCAAAACACAUACAUUUACACAUUUAUUUUCUAUAUCAUGCUAAUACAUAUAUUACAUAUCAUAUGUAUAAUGCCAAAUACUAAGCAGGAAUUUAUCAUUAGACAUUUUUUUUAUAAAUAUUACAAAAUGACUUGCACUGUAUUAACAGAUCGAGUCAGGAUGCAAACUGAUAAACAGAAUAGAGUAUAAUGUAAAAUGUAUAUAAUUGCUUAGAUCUGUUAAAAUAAAUAUACAAUUAUAACAUGUUAAUAUUAUUUUAGUGUUUUCUUUAAUAUUAUGAAACCAUGUGAAUGUAAAUGUGAAUGUAUGGACUAGAACGAACACACGAAUUAACUAAUAUAGCGAUGGCCUGAUGCACAUAACGACGUGAACACAGACAUGCAGCAAGAUAAGAAAGUCAUAAUUAUUAAUACAUUUAAAAUCUAUUUGGGACGUUAGAGGGAAAGAUGGUGGAUGGAUGGGUGAAUGAGUAGGGGAUUGGUUUAUAGUUUGGUAGGUAGAUUCAGACACAGAGUAACACACUCUUACACACAGACAUCCGUCUACAAAAAUACACGUCAGAUAUGUAACAUGCAUGAGUAUGAAGCGAUAAAUGGCUAAAUAUGUGUUUAAUAUAAGUUAGGAAAACAGCUGUAUCUAUCUAUCUAUCUAUUUAUCUUCUAUCUAUCAGUUUGUUUGUUUGUUUGUCUGUCUGUCUGUAUUUUUGUACACUAUAUAUGUAUUGCUUAUGGAAACUGGCUCAUUAGGCAAAGUUACUCAUUUAUGUGGUUAUUUCAUUUCAUUUUUACAGAUAUGCACGUAGGUAGACAGACACACAGAAACACAGGAAUAAAUAUAUAUAUAUAUGUAUAUGUGUGUGUGUGUGUGUGUGUGUGUGUUGUGCGUAUGUUUGUAUGAAUAUAUAUAUAUAGAGUGAGAGAGAGUACGUCUAAAAAGAGAAAAUAGACAGAUACAUAGGUAGGCAGUUAGACAGACAGACAAAUAGAUGGACAGACAGACAGACACAGACAGACACACACACAGACCGAUAGAUACAUACAUACAUACAUACAUAGAUAACUUGUGUAUUUAUGAUGUUAGGUAUUUCUCUGUAUUGUGAGUGUGUGUACAUUGUGUUUUUCUAACUGUCUGUCACACAGAGUAUUAGGGUUAAGGUGUUGCGGAAUACCUGGCGGGGUUGUUUAGUAAUUAGAUAACAAUUCCGAUGAUUAGGGAGAAUGAUGCCUUUGCCUUCAUUUCUGUAUGAAUCAUACAGUUAUUGACAUUCCCACCCUGAAUACAGUGUUUGCUCUGCGUGUGGCUGCGGACUCAUCUUAUCUGGUUUAUCUUUAUUGAGUCCACAUGAUUUUGAACUUGUACCUAAGGUCUGGAGAGAACCAAUCCUUCAACUAGCCCAAUGAAUGCUUCACCGCUUCCACAGCCCUUUUAAUAGCCUGGCCUAGAUCCAAUUAAACGGAUCUCUGCCGUUUGGGGACUCUUAAUAUUUUUCAUGCAUUUCCCACUUGUGGCUAUUUUUCUGCAAUUCUGGUUUUUCUUAACACCCAAGCGGUAUGUACUAAUCUUUGUUUAUGGCUGCGGGUUGGAGUUGUUUUUUAUGUCCCCAAGACUCAUGCCUAGGAAGUAAUUACAGUCCUGGGCUAGUUGGGUGGAAUGACUACUUAAAAGCAUCUCACAGACAGAAGCCAUAAAACCAAAGAAUGCUGCAGACCCUGAGAUUUUGGUUGGAACAAAAUGGCAAAUAUUUAGAAACUGGUCUCAUUCUUUGCCUGCAGUGGUCUGGUGUCUCCCAUCGAAGUGCUUGUCCGGACACAGCAAGUUGUAACUGAAGUAUGCAGCAAUAUAACAAUAUAACAGGGCACUGAGCACACUAUCUGCUUCCUGUGAUACAUACUGACACACAAGCAGUGUUCACAAUCCAACGCUUAGCUGUACUGGCAGAAUAGAGAAUUUCAGAGACACUAUUAGCAUCUUGUUCAAAAUCUAAUUAAUUGGCUGCAUGGCAUGAUCUCUCUGUUUCAUUAGUCUGUAUGUGACUACUAUUUAAUUUUUUACAUACAUUGCAUCUGUAGAGCGAAUAAGUAGAGAGGUGACACAAUUAAUUUUUUUUUUUUUUUUAAACAUAACAUUAUAUGUAUAUGUAUAUGUUAUUCCAAUAAAAAAGGUAUCUUGCAUACUACAGUACCCUAGUAUUUUGACAGCUUAUAUAUAUAUAUAUACACACACGCACACACACACACACAAUCACACAUUCUAUAUGUAUGCUCAAAUAAUGAAUACAACAUAAUUUCUCUCUGUCUUUCUGUGCAGCUAUAUCUGUAUCUCAAAUCAAUCUAGCUGUUUAUCUGUCUCACUAACUCCAUUUAUCCUUUCUGUCUGAGAGCCUCUCUGCCUCUCCUAUCACAAUUGUAUUUAUUUCACCUGUACCGCGAACAAAUAACACAGUGAAUUAACAUGUGACUGUAUCACCUAAUAUAUUGGUUUAUAAGACUGUGACAAAAAGUAUCUCAUACAAAAGUCUGAUUUUCGCAUAAAGUCGUGGCAUUGAUAAAAUAAAAUAGUACAUGCAGAUUCCUUUUCACCAACCCCUUCAUUGUUUUUAGAUGAUUAUAUCUCCAGCCUUGUUUUAUGUAGUUUUUUUGAUUCCAUCUAUUUGUCAGAGCUUUGAACAAAAGAUUCAUUAACACGAACACUGUUAGAGAUUGGAGAUUAAUUAACAGCUCAAUCAGGAGUGGCAGAAUUUCCUUAGAAUAACAUUCGCUUUCCACUCUAAAUGUCUGUGUUCUGUAUAUGUAACUCACCACGUUUCAACUUAACACAAUAUUUUAGUGAUCUGUUUUGUGUUUUUUGCAGAGGUUUUUUUUUUUUUUUUGGUCUCUCUGCACUUUUGUGUCGCCGUGUUCCUUCGUAUUUGGGGGUUGGGUGCACCAAAAGAAAAUCCCAGACUGCAGCUCUAUUCAGCAUUUUAUGAUGGCCAGGAAAUUGACAUUGGUCAAAUUCAAGUGCUCUGGCCCCCCAGCUGUCUAUGUGGCAAAUGCUGCAAUGAGCUUGCAAAUCCUAUACUUUUAACAUGGGUUAAAUCAAACCAUAGGUCAAGCAUAACUGAUAUGUUCUUAUCCUGUGGGGUCUAGUUGUGAAAGUCUAAUAGUGAAAAAUAUCAAUAAUUUAGACACUUGUUCUCUUACUUUACACUAGAUAUAUUAUACUAUAUAUAUACGUGUGUGUGUGUGUGUGUGAGUGUAUGUGUAUUUCUGUGUGUGAUUGUGUGUGUGCUUGUGUUAUCUAUCUGUCUGUUAGUCUGUCUGUCUGCCUUUCCGCUGUCUGUCUGUCUGUCUAAUCUAUCUAUCUAUUUAUCUAGCUAUCUAUCUUUCUUCAUGUGCAUAUGUACAUAAACCUGCAUAUAUAGGUGUAUAUGUGUGCAUGCGUGCUUCAUGGGUGUGCAGUAUAUACAUAUAUAUUUGUGUGUGUUUCUAUGUGUGUGGUGUUUAUGUAUGUCUAUAAGCAUUUCCUUUUCUUUAUAUGGGAUAUUGUAUCUGUCUGUGUUGUAAUGGAUGGCGAACCGCGAGAAAUAACGACUACCAUAAACAAUAGCUUAAGGUUAUUAGUUUGUAUCAGGUCUAUCAAACGCCAAGCAAAAGAGCCAGUGACACUUUAAUUAAAACUUGUAAGCUCCAGGCAACAUUUCAGGUAUAAAACAGGUAGAUUGCAAAACAAAAAUAAAUAUGUUACUCAGACACGUUCAUGAUUAGAACAUAAGAAGAUGGUUUAAUUAGUUGCUUAUAAUUCUGACAUGAUUCAUAUUUUUACAAUCCCUCGCUUUCUGCUCUAUUUCAUAAAAGAUAAAUUAAUGGAUGAUACAUUGAUACCUUUAAAAUAAGUCCUCAUUAACACGAUGUGUAUGCAGAUGCUUUCAUUGUAGUCAAUCAAUUGUUUUGGGAGUUAUUUUUUUUUUUACUUUUUGUUCUCUUUUAUUUCAUUUCCCCCCCCCCUUUUUUCAUUGAUCUGGUUUGAGGCUAAUCUACUAAAAUUAAUAAUGUAUAAUUUAACAGUGAAUCGAUCAGUUUCCUUCAUUUCGAAAUGAAUGGACAGAAUUAAUUCAGAUACAAAAUAUAAACAAACAACCUUUCUAGCUGUUAACGUAUAAUGUAUAUGUAAAUGUUUAUAUUUAGUAUAUUUACGUAGUUGUUCUAUAUGUACAUUUAAAAGUACACUUUGGGAUCAUAUACCUCUUGUGAUAUAUAUAGCGUAUAAUAUAUAUAUAUAUAUAUAUAUAUAUAUAUAUAUAUAUAUAUAUAUACUGUAUAUUUAAUUUAUGUAACAGUAUUUAAAAUAAAAAUGAAUGGGUAGUGAUUGUUAUGGCCCGUAAGGAGACAUCUAUAUAAUUUGUUAUUGUGUCUGAUUUGUGUUAAUAUGUAGAAUAUUAAAAGAUACAAUGAAUCAGCCAAUAAAACAGUGUUAUUAACUAAAGACAGUGUGUCCCUUGUUUCAAAACACAUAAAGACUUGUGCAUGUAAGUAGAAAGAAAUAAUAGCAUUUGGGAAUAAUUUAUUUUAUUUAAAUGAUUCGAGAAAUGUAAAAUUGCACAGAACAUUUAACCCUUUCUUCACAGGCCUGCGGAACAAAGCAAGUAUAUAUACGAAAUGUAUGCUACAGGAAAAAAUAUAUAUAUGCAAAAAUGAUUUUAAAUUGAAGUCCAAAUCACGUAUUUCUUUUUUGUUUACGUGAAUUAGCCUUUUCUGAUGCAGUUUGACUUUGAUCCUAAAAGGAUGCAUCUAAGUGUAAGACAAUUGUAUUUUUUUUUUAAUAUUUGCCACAUUAAAUCAGUAUUGAUCUGUUAAAGCUAAUCUGGACCGUUCAAUCUGAGCAGGGGCAUUAAAUGCGACAUCCCCAGUGGUGUACAUUAAAAAACAAAUCCUGGCUAAUUUUAAUUAGGAAACUUUCACAUUAUAAGUGUAAUAUAAUAAGGAUCAAAGUUUUGCAUUGUUGUACACUAUAUGUAAGAAACCUCAUUGCAGGUAAGCUUUACAUGUAGCAUUUAUUAUUUUGUUAAUGUGCAAGUGUGUAUCUCUGCAGAAAGCACAGCUCUGCAAACUGUCUGAGUCCCAAUCCUGUGAUUUAAACAUUACCUACAGGGUAUUUCUGAUAUAUUGGGAUAAGGCUGGAGUAGUACUAAUUCUUCUGGGUUUUAAACUGUUUGGAACCCGGAUAGGAAGGUCAGCCUGUAGUUUCAAGCUAUGUGUGUUCUGAACUUUGAAACAUUGCCUUUUUGUCAAGUUAAAGUCUGGCUUAUUUUAAGUUUCAUACCUCCAAGGUGGUGAUUUAUACUGUGGCUGACAUAAAAAGCAUCUACAAGGAGGCAAUUAGUUAUUGGAAGAAGUCAGUUAAUUGCUCUCAUUCUGAAAGUAACCUCUUAUAUGUAGCAUCAAUAAUAUACAGAUGUGUAGGGUCUGAGCUUUAAGCUGAUUUUUACAAAUGUUUCAGGACUUGCUGACCCCCCAAAAUCUGUGUUGCCCCCAAGCAAUUUCAUUUGAACUCUCCAAAAAAAAUGUUUUAAAAAGUUCAUUGUGUCUCCCCCUCAAAGUUGAAGCAUUAGGUGGGAAAAUAAGAGUGGACCUUUUUUCUAGUGAGUGCAAAUCCCCAUGACAGAGGAACCAAAUCUAGAAAGCAGAGACCAAAUUGCAAACUUCAAAAGCACCCCCCCUCUCUUAACCCCCACCCCCCCCCCUCCCACCCCCCAUUCUCCCUCACAACCACCCCUUGAAAUGAGUCUUACACUGCUUUUCCUUCUCAAUGCACACAAGGGGAGUUGCCUAAAAGAGAAAAAAAAAAUUGAAUACAAAUCUGCAAUUGAUUUUCAUAAUGUUUCUGCGGUGUUUGAAAACCAAUCGUUUUUGAACCUCUCUCAGAUCUUACCUAAGUGAACCCUCCUACGCCUCUAAGUGCUCGGGACUGAUAUAUGGCGAUAUCUAGCCCCGGCAUCACGUGCUCCUGGGGAGAGACUAAGACGGACAGCGCGUCAUCCAGCCAUCCCAAAAUUUUCCCCCUCUGCAGAUCGCCUCCAAAACAUCUAUCUAUAGAGCCAGAAAGGGAGAAAGAUGUUUAACUCGGUGAACCUGAGCAACUUUUGUUCCCAGUCACGCAAAGAGAGGACUACCGAAUUUGGAGACAGGACAGGCUGCACCUCCAACCUGUACCUCCCCAGCUGCACCUACUAUGUACCCGAAUUCUCCACCGUCUCCUCUUUUUUGCCCCAGGCCCCUUCUCGGCAGAUCUCUUACCCUUAUUCCACUAACCUUUCCCAACCAGUUCGGGAGGUAUCUUAUGGCUUAGACCCUUCCAGUAAAUGGCAUCCUAGAAGUAAUUACGCCUCUUGCUACCCUGCAGCAGAGGAUCUGAUGCAUAGAGAGUGCCUCCCUCCUUCUUCUAGCAUGACCGAAAUGCUAAUGAAAAACGAAAGCGUGUACAGCCACCAUCACCACCACCACCAUCACCACCAUCCCAGCGCUAACCACCCUUCCUCAGGAUUCUAUUCCAGCAUGAGUAAGAACACAGUGUUGCCACAAGGAUUCGAUCGCUUCUUUGACAAUGCAUACUGUGGGGCAGACAACCCUACCGAAGACUGUGUGUCCAAGAGCGAUGGCAAAGUGGACAGUGACCCCCAGGCUAGUGCUCUGUCAACCGGAGGGGACCAGGGUCUGGAUCCGGAAGACGAGGAGGAAAACACUAACCCAGGAUCAUCAGCCUCGUCCACUUCGGUUAACAAUAAGGAUGCAAAUAAAAGCAGCAAUUCCAGUAGGUAGUGAGAGUGUGUGCAGUGUGUCUCCCAGGCAGCCAGGAGUGGGGAGGUGAAGGGGGCUAGCCCGGUGUUUUGUCGGUCACAUUUUUAUGUGGAGUUUUAUAAGCAUUCAAAGGAUUUUAUUAAACCUACAAAAGCUCUUUCUUCCAACGAGAGGGGGAUUUUUACGAUGGGAAAGCUCUUUGGGGGAGAGGAAAAAAAGGGAGAGAGACUAAGUGUGAGAGAAUAGAAUGAGAGUGAGUGAGAGACAACAGUCACAGGAGAAACAAACAAACAAGUAGAUUUAAGGCAUUUUUGGGGGGGUUGUGAGUUGGAGUGUGGGAAGUGGGCUGUUUGUGUGUGCUGCAGACUUAGAGGCAGAUAUUCACUUUGAUCAUGAACUUUCAGGGCAUUUUAAAGGGUUUUGUUUGUGGGCUGUGGAGGUGAAAGGCAAUUGGGCAGAACAUAACCUUGGCUUCCUGAGUCUGGGAUUCAGAGUCUCUUCCUGCUGUUUUCUGUAUUAAUAGCAAUCCAUGCAGGGUUGUGUUAUAUGAUGCUAUGGUGAGGAUAAUAAUUCUGCAAUAAAGCCCAUGCACAAUCCUACUAUAUGUGUAUAUUUACUCAUUUUAUGAUUCUAAAGGCUGAUAUGCCUUAUGUCUCCCUGUUUUCCUUUGUAUGCAUGCCUUUAAUAAAAUAGGACGUCAUAUGCAUGGUCACUGGCUGGGUAGAUAUCCCUACAUCCCAAUAUGCAGGACAUAUUACAGUAUUUAAUAAAAUAAACAGGGUUUCAUUUUCACUGACUAGAUUGCAUUCAGCUUAUCCUGACAAAAGGGACAAUGCUCUAUAACUGCUUAAUUUAUACUCUGGGAAAUCCAAUACCUACAAUAGCUAGUUGUAUUAUAGAAAUGUGAAUAGAAAGUUAUAUUUUACUUUUUUUUUUUACCGUUGUAUAUUAUCUUACACUGUAUUGUAUAUUUUUUUUCUGCAAGUGCACAGAGUCCUGUGUGGAAUGUGUUCAUACAGAUAUAUACAAUACAGACUGUGGUACAAAGAUUUAUAUAUAUAUUACAUAUUAUAUCAAACGUGCAUAUAGACAGACAGACAGACAGACAGAUAGGUAGAUAGGUAGCUAGGUAGAAAGAUAAACACACACAUACAUACACACAAUAAGUAACUUGUAUGCACAUCAGUAUUCUUUAGUAAAAUAUAUAUUUUUGUUCAUAGUAACAUCAUAAUACUUGAAUAUAUAUAUAUGUGUGUGUGUGUGUGUGUGUGUAUGUGUUCAUAUAUAGAGACAAUGAUCGUGCAUACUUAUGUAUACAACCACACACAUAUAUUUAUUCAUAUGUGUGUGUUCUGAGUGUCUUUCUAGUGCAUUUGUGUUGCAAUGUAUUUAUAAUUAUGUGUCUGUAUUAGCACUAUGUGUACCAUUGUAUUACUAAUGGCAAUAUUAAUAAUUAAAAUACCAUUGUACAUGUAUUAAGCAUAUAACGUGAGCGCCUGAAAUGGCAUGACUGAUGCUGCAUGUUCCUUAAUGUGUACUCCAUGCUGUCACAGGGCAUACUGAUAACGUGAUAUCACUUUUGGGAAAGUUGUUGCAGUUUGUCACUAUAUCACCCUUGUUUUUAUCAUUUUGAAGGUGCCCCUCGUACAAGAAAGAAGAGGUGUCCCUAUUCUAAAUUCCAGAUCCGAGAACUGGAGAGGGAGUUUUUCUUCAAUGUGUAUAUUAAUAAGGAGAAGAGGCUCCAGUUGUCUAGAAUGCUGAAUCUCACCGACCGCCAGGUUAAAAUAUGGUUUCAAAACAGAAGAAUGAAAGAGAAAAAACUAAGCAGAGACCGACUGCAGUAUUUUUCUGGGAAUCCGUUGCUGUGAACAUGUUGAUGGUGUAAAUUGAAUGCACUGUACUGGUGAGGAGUGUUUGUCCUGCAGAGGAUAGGAACAUGGUUUACAUUCUGAGUCCUCACUCAAGCUCAGAGUACCAGCCUCAUUCUGUUACAUAUUACAAGGUAACAAAAGGAGGAGCACUUGGUAGGACUGAACAGCAUUUAAGGACAGACAUGAACUUCUUUUUUUAUUUAAUUAACUGCUGAAGAAAUGGAUUCUUCAAUUUGCUAGAUCAUUCAUUUCAAAAAGCCUAGAACUGUGAAAACAUUAUUAUUCUUGCUAUUGUUUUUAAUAGACUAUAAGGACGCGCCUAUCACAAUGAAGAUAAUGGCCAAAGUUUUUAUGAAUCCACGAACUGUGUUCUUAUCUUAUCGAUAUUUGUGAGUGUAUGUGUGUGUAUGUGUUAAGGGAGAGAGAUAUGUGUGCGUGUUUGUGUGUCUAUGUGUGUCUGUACAUGCAUAUCUAAAAUACAUUUUCUUAGUUAUUUUUCCUGUUGUUUAACAUGUCCCCAUUUGGACCUAUUUCCCUGCCUCAAAAUGUGUUGUAAUAAUUGUUAGUGCGUUUUACAUCAGAGACAAAACACAACUUGCGCUUUUCUCCAUUUUUCUUGUUUAGAUUAAACAAACAAACACAUUAGACACCUUCAAGGUAGGUAUGCAGAUAUAUAACACACAUAUAUAUCCACAUGCUACAUGAUACAUACCUUGCAGUGUGUUUAUUCAGCUAAAAAGAAAACACAAGCACGCGCACACACAUAUAUUUACAAACACUCACAUACACAUAUAUGUGUGUUUGUAUGUGUCUGUGUGAGUUUGUGUGUAUGUGUAUGUUUUGUAGAGACUUUGGAUGUGUGGUAGCAUUUCCACCAUUUCCACCGCUGGUCCUUUCACAGUGUUAUUUUUUUUUUUGUAUUUUGUAUUUGCCUAUGAUUAAAUGCCCAUAGGAGUCAUAGUAAACAUGUCUUCAUGUACAGAAAAAAACAUGGAAGGAAGUGACUCCUUGUUGGAUAUGUGCAAUAUUAUACAGUUCUCAUAUUUUCACCAAAUUGGUUUGGCCCAAAGAAAUCAAAUGUAACAUGUCAGCAUUUUCCAAUUUUCAAACAUCCUUUUUCAUAGUAUAAAAAAAAAAAACUAAAAAUAAAAAGAUGGUAUUAUUUUUAAACAUAAGUAACAAAAAGUAACAAUUUACUAAAUCAACCUGGUUACAAUUUUCUUUUAAAUAGGGUCCGAAUUGUGUUAUAUACAUAAGCACAAAUGUUUCAUUGACAAGAAAAAAAACAUACAAAAUAAACACAAAAAUCGGUGUCUACAAACAGAUCGGGUUACUCACGAAAAAAAACUACAGUUUAUCGGCAAUGUUUCAUGCAUGUAUCUUUCUGUAUACAAUAAAUAAAUGCCACCAAUUUAUUAUAAUUGUGAUUACCAUGGUUAUUCUAAGACAGUAUUUCAGACAAAGCUGUCCUUUGUUUUAGGAGUCUUUAUAAAAGCUCUGCUAACAGUAACAUAGGAUCUCUUGUGUACUGUAUAUGUGGAAAGUCAAAUUGUGCUAUUUUAUAUGUGAAUAUAUCUAUGUAUAUAUACAUUCUGCAAAAAAGGAGAGAUGCUCUCUGUGCUCCAAGGAAUGUGGAAAAUAUACAAAUGCAAAGCAGAAAAUACACACGAUUUCAUCCAAUAAAACAAGUUGUUAGAUGACUAGGUCAUUGUGAAAAUGUACAAAAUGAUGUUAUAGGGCCAUGUUUCCCAUAAAACAAAUUGCAAAUAAGUAAGGAUUAAACAGCUGUUGCCAAUGGUUUAUUUGCUUACAGUGAGGAUUAGUGAGGAGAUGCAUGGUUACAGUUUAACACUAAAUAACAUACUGCAGGCAUUAGAACUUGCUGAAAGAAAAGUCAAAGAGGCGAUAGAAAGGGCCUGGAUACAUUGUCACAUGUCUACCUGGAUUGGACACACAGUAAUCUACAGUCUGUGUCACUGUUGAUUUAACAUUGAAAAUAAAAAAAAUCAUUAAAAAAAUAACCCACAAAAUACAACGCAGGGAGAGUUACAAGUCACACACUUGUAUUUAUGUAUUAUAUAUGUUUGUGUGUGUGUAAUAUGUUAAUAUGUGUAUGUGUGUAUGUAUAUAUAUUCAACUCGUACAUAGUAUACAUAUAUCAACCAAUACACAUUAAAGGUAUAUUUUUGUUUACAUGGGAUGAGUGCCAGAAACAGCUAUUUUUGUGUGUGUGUGUGUAUAUACAUAUACACAAACACACAUAUAUAUAUAUAUAUAUACACACACACACUCGUGUGGCUUUAUAUAAUAUAUAUAUAUAUAUAUAAUGUACGAGUAAAAAAUACAUAUAUAUAUUUAUAUAUAUAUAUAUAUAUAUAUAUAUAUAUACAAGUUUGUGCGUGAGAGUCUACAAAAUAUCUAAGUAUGUACAAUUACAUACACACACACACACAAAUAUACAUACACACACACAAGAUCCAGCGCACUCACUCAUCCACUAAACAGCAACUUCAGAGCUCACAGAUUUUAUUAGUUAAAAAAAAUAAAAAAUAAACAUUUAAUGUAGGAAAAAAUAAUGGGGGUUUAGUUUCAGUAUAUGAUCAUACAUUGCACAAGCCUGCCACAGACAGACACGCAGAGAUAAACGUUUAUAGUUUAAGUGUACGAUAUUUUGUUAUCCCUAUUGUCAAAUCAAAUAAACAGGGGGAAAAAAAACAUGGAUCGGUUUAUCAGUAUGAUCUUAUGGCCAUAACCACCAAAAUCCCACAUACUGUACACACUCAUGCAUGCAUACACACGUUAGUAUUUUAGUAGUUAUGUUAGUGUAGAAUCAAAUGUUAAAAUAUAGACAGUUGUAUUUAAGAAUGAGUUUAUCUGUUUUUAGUUGAUGGGGGUUUUAUUUUGGUUGUUUUUUUUCUUUACCAUAGGUAUAUAGAUUUUUCUAUUUUUGUUUUAUCCUUUCACUCCAUGGUCGUGAAGAAAUAGGGGCAUUUACACAAAUUAGCUGUUGUAUCCAGAGGUUAGAAAAUAAUAAUUAAAAAAACAAGCUACAAAGUCCAAAUGUAGAAGAAGUAAUUCCCGGAACAGCUGAAGAUGCUUUGACAAAAGAACCCAGUCUAGACAAUGUCAUAAAGGCUACAGCACUAAACUGCUUAUUUUUGCUUAAUUGCUCUGUGGGGCCUUAGGCGAAGGCUUCCGUUGUAAACAGUAAACAAAUAGGAAAGUGUUUGUUGUAGAAAAUGUGUGUGAGAUCCGUCCAGUGGUAUUUACUUAUUUAUGAUAUAUUUUUUUCUCACGUCUUUCAGUGAAGUUGCUCACAAGGAAUCUGUAGGCCUAGUUCAAAGUUUCCUUGAUUUAAAAUGGAAUGCUAGCUGUAAAACCCAAGUUUAUAGUCCACGUGGGAGUUUGCAACACAAGGCAAUCGGCAGUGCCAAAGAGGAAAGGGAUUUUACCCUUUCAAGGUUCAGCAAAAUUGAUCAACAACUCAUUGAUUCUCAAUCGAUGUAUUAGCCCUACCAGCACUGAACGGGUUAAUGCUGUUUGGUGGGGGAGCUCAGCCAUAGAAAGGGGGGACCUCACGGGAAAAGCCGUUUUCGGUCCUUGAUAAAUUCUUCUUUUUUUAAUGUUUGCAGUGGAGGGAAUUCUAGAGACAAAGGAGUGGGGGCGGUUAAACAUUAGGACAAAAAAAAAAAAAAAAACUUAUGCAAAGCGUUUAUUGCUGUUAUUAAAUUACUUAACAAAUUCUAACAUAACCCAACCUGGAAAAUGAGAUUAUUACACGUCUUUGAACUUCAAUAAAGUCAAGGCCAUUACCCACUACUCUUUGUAAUAAAGAAAAAAUAGACUCGACCAGCAAGUAUUGCACAGGAAUAUGGCAUAUUUUUGUUUAGAAAAAAAUAAUAUUUAUAACAGAGGAGAUGAUUACGUUAGUCGUUUUUACAGGUGCUUGGGUAACGUUUAAUCUUGCUUUGCAAUUUAUAUUUGUGGGAUUUUUACUUAAUCUUUUUAUAAUGUUAAUGAUUGAAAACACUGUGUUAUAAUAGUGCUGUUACCAAAAUCGUUUAGCAAAUUAUAGCGUUUGUAUUUUAGCGCACAAAGUUGAUCCCAGCAUGCAUCACGGCAGCUAUAAUACACAAGUAAAAGAACAAAAAAAAAAAACACACACACACACACACACACUAAAUAUAUUCCUGGGCAGGGUGGGGUAAAGGAGGACCGACCGAGCCUUAAAUGCACUUAAUAAUAUCCAAGCUAAUUACAUUAGACUUCCUCUGUGAAGUAGAAAACACCAAACACAUAAUCCAAAAGCUGUUUCCUAUUCCUUGCCUGUGAUCCUAACAACAUAUCGAAUCCUGCUACAGAUUUUUUGAAUUUUUUUUUUUUUUGCACUUGUGAAAAGUUAGAAAUAGUUUGGGAAAGCGAGUGACAGAGAACUCGUAAAUGCUUAUUUCCCGCACACAUUGCUGAGUGUGACACACACAAACACACACACACACAUAUACACACACACAAGCAAUGGGUAAUAGAUAAUUCGUUAUUGAAAGACUUUCUGCUUUUCCGAAAAUAGCUUGCUGAGUAGAAGGAAGAAAUAGACAAAGCUUUUAACAUGCAGAAACAAAGACACACACACUCACACACACACACACACACACAUAUGCAGGCACACAGGCAGUGAUGCAUUCACUCACUCACUCAUUACAGCUCAGGAGUUGAGAUAUAAACUUGGAUCUGUCUUAUCCAUCCUGCAGCCUGGAGCAGGACUCGUCGGUAAUUCUGGAAUGGGGCAGACGGUGGCUGAGACUCCCUUGUGCUCUUGCAGGGUUUUUUUUUUUUUUUUGAAGGCAGGAGACCGGGAUGGAAUUUAGGAUUUCGCAUGCAAGAAGAAGACAGUGGCUUUGGCAAAUGGACUUGAGGACGGCCAUUAGGAAACUGUGAUCUCUGCCUGAGGACCUUGUGCACAUGGAUGGAGGGGCUGAGACCCUGACUCUAUGGUCUCCUGGGGAAUCAGAACACAAAGGCUGCUACACGAAUAUUUGAAGGCAAAUUUUUUCCAGUUUCAACCAAUGCUAUCUAGAACUAUACUUUCUACAAACAAUGGGAAGGCUCAGCUGAACGCUCCUGCAAGAACUUGAUCUUUUUCUUAAUGUGUGAACUUUAUUUGUUUUUUUCCUCUAUUAAUGCUUCAAGUUGUUGUUGCUCUCUCUGUCUGUUGCAAUGCUGCAAUGCUUGUGAUUUUAUUGUUUAGCUGUAUACCGUCGUAUUUAAGGCUUUAUAUAGAAAGCACCCAUGUCUAUCCUGUAAUUCGCCAAUAGUAGGCACUCUGGGGCAAGAAUCUUACUUAUUUCCCUAAUGUUCUCUCACAACUUGAACUUCUAAAAAAGGCUCUGGCCUCAUAGAUAACUUGAUAUAUUUCACAUUGAGAGAACUCACUAUAGUUGUGCAUGUCUGAUAGAUAGAUAGAUAGAUAGAUAGAUAGAUAGAUAGAUAGAUAGAUAGAUAGAUAAAUGAUAGAUAGAUAGAUAGACAGAUAGACAGAUAGACAGAUAAAUGAUAGAUAGAUAGAUAGAUAGAUAGCUAGAUAAAAGAUAGAUAGAUAGAUAGAUAGCUAGAUAAAAGAUAGAUAGAUAGAUAGAUAGAUAGAUAGAUAGAUAAAUACAUUUAUAAAGUAUAUGUCUGUCCGUCUGUCUGUGUAUGUAUGUAUAUAUUUGCUUUUCUAGGACAAUGAGCAGGCGAAUCACAAAAGAAUAAUGAUUAACACACAUACUGCCGCAGUCACAUAUUCCAAAAAACACAUUGUAUGUAUAUAUGUAUAUAUUUAUUUAUCUCUCUAUAUGUGUGUGCGCGUAUAUAUAUACAUAUACAAACACACACAACAUAUACAAAUAAUAUUUAAAUAUUAUUUAAAUAUAGAAACAUACCCAUAACACAGUUUUUUUCAAAAUAGCACACAUAUACUAACACAUUUAUAAUUACACAGACUCUGCGUAAUGUACACAGGACAAUCUCUUUGUUUCAGCAGAGUUUCUCUGCAUACAUUGCACGACUCACUGUUCCUAUUGUUCAUUGUUUUUUAAUUAAGCAGAGAACAUUUUACUAUUUUACUAAGCACACACACACAUAUAAAGUAAAUAAAAAAAUAUAUUUUUUUGUUUAUCUCAUCUCUCUCUCUAUAUAUAUAUAUAGAACAAAAGUGAUGUGAUCAUGGUAAAAUAUAUGUAUACAUAUAUGUAGUGGUCUCACCUACAAUGAAUUUUAAGCUUGAUCACAUCACAAUAUAUAUGUGCGUGUGUAUAUCAGUAUUAUUUACACAUAAUAUAUCUGUUUGUGUGUGUGUAUGUGUUCGUCUUCCUGUUUGUAUUUUGUAUAUUAUUUAUAUACAUAUUUUUCUUUUAUUUUCUCACAAGCAGGGAAAACAUUAAACAGAAGCACCAGAAGCAUUAAAUGGAAGUACAUGGGGAUUCAUUAAUAAGCCGCCUAACCGUUACUUAUCACCAUUUAAUUAAAAGAUUUUUUUUUUUUCCAGUAGGUUUAGGAUGUGCGUGCAUUUUACGUGAUUACAACACUAGUUACAGUAAUAUUGCUUUGCUUGCUGUUAAGUGGAAUGUGACAAUUAAUCACAUGAUAGUUAGAAAAAAUAAAUAAAUAAAUACAUUUCAAUUACAUUCUGUGUAGAAUUUUCAUUGAAACCUCAAAACAGAAUUCGAUGCAUUAUGAACCUGGACUCGCGGUUAAUCUCUUUGUCAUUGAACCUAUUAUCACGGCUACACAUGAGUAAUAAUCUUACAUGAGAGAUAGAUAGAGAGAUAGAUAGAUGUUUAUUUAAAAAAAGAAAAAAAAAGAAAAAGGCAUUAUAUCUUAACAUCCAUUGUAUGUUCAAUCUAUGUGAGGUAAAAUAAUUUGUAACUUUCUCUAACUUUUUUCUAAAUUGUAUCUAUUUUUAUUUUAAUCUAAAUUAAAACAUUUUUUUUUAGAGAUUCUGACCUGCACUUUUCAUAUGGGCGUAAAACAAAAGUGUUAAGAAAAGCAAAAUUUAGAAAAAUAAAAAGCAAAAAACUGAAAAAGCAAUAAAAAAAAAAAGAAUUUAACAGUUACACAGUGUCACAUCAGUCCAAUGUCAUUGUUUCGUAUUUUUCCAGUUCCUACAUAUUUUUCGGUGUUUGCUACAACUAAUGAAUUUUAAUCUGCGGUGAUUCAACUAAAAUAAUAUUGCAGGGAAAGUAAUAGCUACCCUGGUAGAUGAUGUCAUUUUAAUAUCCUACAUUUUCUCUAGGUGUUUUUUCUGCUCAAUGUCCUACCUGUUCUGUAACAGUUGUUUGUCUAAUUUAUAUACAGGCCUGCAAAACUUGCCUUUCGUGAACUCGCCCCACAACUUCUAAUAUUUAGGGGCCUAUUUACUAAACAGUGAAGUCCGUUUACUGACUAAUAUUUCAUUACAUAGAGAUAUAUGGUUAGUGGGACUUGCAGGACUAAACUACUGAACUGGUUAUAUUUAACUUGUAAUAUAAGGGGCAUAUUCACCAAGCAGUGGGUUAAAGUGGGUUGGAAAAUAAUUGACAGAAUUUAGGCCAAUUUAGGAGAACUAGGGAAAUCUCCAGCUGUGAUAGUUGGGAGAUGUAUUUUUUUUUAUUCAUUAUUUAGCUUUUGUGUCCUAAAUGUUCAAAAAUCGGUUAUCUAGACAUCCCCAAUUCAGUGACUAGUGAAUAUAUCUACUGCAUCCAAUGUAUUAUGUAACAAAUUACACUUUUUGGAUAGGAACAGGACAGCAGACCCAUUAUAUUGAUAAAUUAAAGGGAAUACAAACGUCUGGAUAGGAAACCUACUAAUAAAUAUAGGAAUGUAAGCUCACGUGACCAGGGGCCCUCUCGAGAUCUUUGUCUUUACUCGUAGCAAUUACUUGUUUGUUAGUUCAUCAAAUGUACAGCGCUACGGUAUAUAUAAUGUCACACACAAGCACACACAGAUUUUAUAUAUAUUUAUAUAUUAUAUAUCUAUAUUAUUCCUUUUAUGCUAUAUAUAUUUUCACACACAGAACUAUGUAUAUAUGCAUAUACACACACACAAACACACAAACAAACACAUACACACUAUAUAUCAAUAUAUAUAUAUAUAUACAUACUUUCAUACACACAAACAAACACAUGCACACUAUAUAUAAAUAUAUAUAUAAAUACACACACACACACACACACACAUACAUUAUAUAUAUCUAUAUAUCGAUAUAUAUACAUAUACAUACACACAAACACACACACACUAUAUAUAUAUAUAUAUAUAUAUAUAUAUAUACACACUGCAUACACACAUACAAACACACACACACUAUACAUAUAUAUACACACACUGCAUACACACAUUAUAUAUAUAUAUAUAUAUAUAUAUAUAUAUUUACACACACACACACUACACACACACACUAUAUAUAGUGUAUAUAUAUAUAUAUAUAUAUAUAUAUAUAUAUAUAUACACACACACACAUACACACUACACACACACACAUCUAUCUAUAUAUUCAUCUAUUUAUCUAUCUACACACAAGCAUUUUUAUUACAUGUACUUUUAUAUGUGUCUAUUUCUAUAUAUUAAACUGGAUAUGUGUCUGUAUAAAUUUUAUGUGGUUUUAUGUAUAUAUAUAUAUUCAAUUAUCUCAGUGAAUGCCGGAUGUAUUGUGUUUCCAGUUUUAUUAUGAGUAACAUUUCAAUGUAACAUGAGGUCACAGGCUACGUUUAUAUGACUGUAUGUUUUUAUUUUCUGGGUAUUUUAUGAUGUCUCUCUCCUCCCCCUCUCUGCAUUUACAGAAUAAAAAUAAUGUAGAUUGUGACCUCCAGCGGUGUGAAUAAAGAAAAUUUUCUUUUUUUUUUUCUUUGUAUCAAUUGGAACCUAAUCCUCUGGUAUAAUUCUGAGAUUUGAGUUACCAACAAAGUAAAAAAGCGGACAGUGUGCCUUUAAUGUUUGAUGGAUUUGUAACGGGGAUAGAAUACAGUUUCUCCAGCAAUAUCUCAUGAAAUAGUUUUUGCAAUAUACAAUGCAUGGCAUUGUUUUAUUCACAUUACCCUCGCAUUGCUGAUAUGGGUUUACUGUGUACAUUGCACUAAAUCAUAAUUACUUCAACUGCAUAGGGUGUCAGAAACGGGCCAGAUAUGUACCAGUGCCUCCAUCUUGCAAGGCACUUUUUCUACACAUACACAACCAAAACAGGAUUUAAUGAACAUUUCUUGUAAUGUUAGAACUAAUAAGGUUUGUAGAAUAAAAUAACCACCCUACCAUUGGGCUCCAUUGCCUGCCAUAGUAUAUUCGAAAAUGGCUUCUAUAAUGAAGACUAAUUUUUAGAUAAUUUGGCCAGAGCCGUUUCCAGACACAUUUUUAAAUCUGUGUAUAUGUAGACCUCGAAGACAAAGCACAUAAUGAAAACAAUCAGUGCCAGGAAGCCUUUCUAAAGGCAGAAGCACAGGGUAGUAUUGAACAUGGGGUGGGUAAAGCGAAACUCCAAGUGCAUUGUGGGGUCAAAUUACCUUGUCUGCAUCUGUUUGUUUCCUUUGGAUCUAUUAAACGAAGUCUUUUACUCAAUCAAUGAGCUUAUUUUUUUAAUUACAAACCUUCUAAUGACCUACUAAUGGCCAAUGGCCAGUCUAAAAAAGAUUAGCUUUGAUAUAGGGAUACCUACAUUAUCCUGUGUUGUUUUUGUCCUGUUAAAUGUGUUUUGUUGUUGUAGCUUUUAUUUAUCUAAGUAAAGCUUCUGCACAUUCGUUUAUUUCCCCCCGGGUUUUAUGUCUUUUGUUAGUAUUUAUUUUCUGCAAUUAGAGGAAAGCAGUUGUCCCAAUGGGGGCCCUACUUAUGUUGAUGAAUUUUAUAUCUUUCCUCUUUAAUGGCCCAUGUUUAUCAUAAUUCUAAUUAUUUGUAACUUUAAACAAUAUCCGGUCUCCUGGAGACAAUUCUUAAAGGUUUUUUUUCCACUUCCAAGUCCAUAAAAAAAAUAAAACACUGAAACAGUUGAUUUUUGUGUGUGUUUAUAUAUAUAAUUUAAUAAACGUGCGUGUUCACUAUCUAUCUAUUUAUCUAUCUAUCUAUUUAUCCUAUCACCUUUAUGUCUAUCCAUCUGUCUGUCUGUCUUUCUACUGUACCUGCAAGCUAUUGGUUAAAAUACGCAUACAUCGUAUUUUUAGUUCCUGGGGGAAUUAAAUAACAUUUAGUUAAUAUACAUUUAAUUUUCACACAAAAUUACAAACAGAUCCCUUACAAGUUUUUUUUUCUUUGUUUUUAUUUUUGUUUUUGUUUUGCUUUUUAGGAGUAAGAUGAAUCUGAAUCUUUGUAUGUUUUGUAUUUUGUUUAUUUAUUUGAACCGAUGAUGUCAUUCUGCUGUUAACACGUCUAUUCUGUAAAAAAAAGUCUUUUUCUGUAAAAAAAUCUGUAAAAAAACAAACACAGAGAUAAAAUUAGUUUAAAAUAAUGUGUUUUAUGUUUUAUUUCCUUCCUCUUAAACAACAUCUGUGCAUCAAGUAGUAAUUAAAAUAUAUUAACACCCCUGACAUAAGUUCAAAUGCAUUUGCCACAUGCAAAGCGCCCCCCAAAAUAACCCAAAUUAUAUUUUCAGGCAAAAACAGAAAACAAAAGAGUAACAGAGAGAAUUGGCUGUAAGAACUGUAAAUGACUGCAUUGCUAAACAUAUAAAGAAAAUGAAUCCAAGGAUAGUAAUACAAUAAAAAAUAUAUAUCAUAGUCUUCCAUUUCAUCACCUAUAAAUUAAAAAAUAUUGGUACCCACACUAAAUUUUUAUCCCUAAGUUAUAAAUAUGAUGUGGAAUUUUCUUUGGUUAUCAUAAAACCAAACGAUUUCUUCCAGACAGUUUUAGAAAGACUAUGCAAGUAACACAAAUAGAGGGCCAUAAAGUCUCAAAUAGCUUUCUAGGGAAGCCAAAUGGCGUCUGGAGGGAACUUUUUACUGUGUUCUAUAGGUGAAUGAACAACCCAUAUAUAGUUUUAGGGUCUGGGCGAGCGGAAAUCUGUCUGCAUUUUUGAAAAGGGGAUCGUGAACUACUCACUAAAGAACAAUAAGGUAACACUGCACAACUUUAAACCACAGUGUUAUGAUUUAAAAAGAAAAAAAACACUAUUUACUGUUACCUUUCUCUGCUUACUACACGUGACUUUAUUCAGAAAUAUGGGGUCUUCUCAAAAACAUUUCUUUAUCUUAUACCUUGCACCUUUAUAUUCUACAUUUGUCAACUUGGCGUUGAUAGAGGUACUGUGUCCUUGAUACUGAAAAUGGCAGUGUUUGGGUAACUGUUUGUCUUUUGUUUUUUUCUGUUGUCGUUGCUUUUUUAAAAUGUAUCAGUACUAAAAUCACACGAAUAUAUUGUUAUAAUUGACAUUUGAUUAUAUCACUUAAACACUUGGUUAGAAUGUAUGCAGUUUGUAAAGAUAUCUUUUCUGCAAAUACAUUUGUAAAAUAAUGCACAUACAGUAAUGAAAGGAGUACAUAAUAGCGCGAUGUAUACUUUGUAAGCCAUAUUAUUAUAUGUUGCCAUUAUAAAGAUGUUUCGAAAUUACACUAAGAGAAAAAUGAAACCAUAGCUACAUUUAAAAAAUAGAUAAUAUUUAAAGGGAUUUCAAUAGCCACUAAUUAUCAAUGUUGAUUUUAAUUCUUUGUUACUGAAACCAUAUUUACCUGUCUGAUAUAAAGUUUUCAAUAUGGUGGGUAUGCUUAUUGUAAAAGCCUCAUCUAUAUAACCCAUAUACUGCUUCUGUGUAUAUGUGUAUACACACAUAUACAAACUGUAUAUAUAUAUAUAUAUAUAUAUAUAUAUAUAUAUAUAUUCUUUCUUAGAAUUCUUAGAAUUCCAUAUUUAAAUACACAUAAAGCAUUGUAGUAUAUUACUCUAUUGAAACACACCACGAAAUUAAGUAUAACUCUAUUCUUUUCUGCAAUUAGUUGUUUUGCACACAUAAACGUUUUACACAUUAAGUUCUUAAAAUAUAGAACAAAACUUUACACAAAUAUCUUCGUUAUGUCCUUUUUUAAGCCUAUCAUUUUCUUUGGAUAAGUCACAUACAUAAAAUGAUACAGAUCAAAUGGAUAAAUGAGAUACCUCACGAGAUUAUUAUUAUUGCUGAUAUACGUGAUGUUAAAUAGGUUUUUGUGUUCCUAGUUAAGGUUAUUCUGUGCCUUACUGUACUCUGUUUAAUAUUGAUCUCUGUACCUAGACGAAGGCAAGAACACAGAAAAUGCUGAUUUCUACACCCUCACAAACAAAACAACAAACCACAUGGUUUGAUGAUCAAACUACACUUUAAACAGAAUUCUAUUUGCACAAUAAAAAUUAAGGAAAGGGAUAGAUCCCUUCAACACUCUAAAGUGAGGCACAAUCAGAGACACAAUAAACUUAAUUCAUUUUUUUUUGGCCAUUUUCUCUCUCCCAAUAUUUUCCUAGAAUAAUAUAUUUUUUUUAAAAUGUAAAUGAUCUCUAACUCCAAUGCACUAAUUAUCCUCCCCCUCAGCGUGAUUUUAUUUGUAUUUUAAAGCUUUUACCUCUUUCUAUUGCCCCCAUCCUCUCUCUCCCCCUGGUUCUUCGUUGGUUCAUUUGGUAAACAAACUGAGCCGUUUCGCCUUUGUUUCAACUUGAAGGUUCCCCCUUGCCUCCAUGCCGCGCGGUGGCAGAUAGAUGGCGCUGUUGCUCCACGCUGGUUUCCCUCUGUGCCGACAACUUGACCCCUGUGACGUCACCCGCGUCUGAAUCACCAAGGCCAUUUUCAAUCCUCAUUGGCCUGGCAGUCACGUGGUGGGGGCCAAUGCGUGGAUAAUUAUGGUGCUGAUAUUUUUCCCUAAAAAAAAAAGAUGUCAGCCUCUGGCUGUAGUAUUCCUCUUUAAAAAGCCUCUCUGAAAAUGUCAUGUCCCAGCAAUGUGACUCCUAACUCGUUUUUGAUGGACUCCUUGGCCGGUAGCUGCAGAGGAGAGAAUUAUUCCUCCAACCAAGGGAUGUAUAUGCAGUCUGGGAACGAUUUCAGCUGUGGGGUGAUGAGAAACUGUGGGAUUGUCCCUUCUCUCACCAAAAGGGAUGAGGUGAACAACCCCAGCCUGUCUCUCAACACCUACCCAUCCUACCUAUCUCAACUGGACAAUUGGUGUGAGCCCAAAAAUACCUACAGGAUUGAGCAACCUGUUGCAAGGCAGCUGUCUGCAUGCUCCUUCCCAACAAAUGUCAAGGAGGAAAAUGUGUGCUGCAUGUACAGUGCUGACAAAAGGGCUAAAAAUGCCACAGAGACUGCUCUCUAUCCAAACCAGAUGCCUGAGACUCGCCCAAGUGACCAUGAAGUUCCUGUGCCCAGCUACUACAGAGCUAGCCAAGGUUACCCUAUGGAGAAAAGCCACAACCCAGGCGAGUUUGAGACAAGUUUUGAGAACAGGACGAAUCUGAACCCAAGAAAUGACAUUCUGGAUCAGCAGCAGCAGCAGCAGCAGCAACAUCAGACAGGGGCCAAGGUGGGGUUCCCUGAAAAUACAAAGACAGACAACCAGAACCUGGCUACCAACCUGAGUACCAACUCCAGUACUGCUGGGGCCAGCGAGAUCAAGACAGAGAAGAGCCAGAUUGCUGCUCCCAAAUUACCAGCAUCAGAGGGGGACAAGGAACUGGGGAAAAAUACUGAUAGCAGCACUGACAACUCUGACAACGAAGCAAAAGGUAAGGGACAUUGUGCAUGAGUCAUGGGGUCUCGGGAGGCACUACUCGGGGGGAAAGGGUGCAUGGUCAAACUUCAAUAGCUAGCAUUACAUUGCGGUGUAUUGAGACUCUGUGACAGCAAGGGCAGCGCACCCAUUGUGAGAUCUCCAGGGCAAAGUGCAAAGCUGACACUGUGCACUACUAAAUAUAAUCUAUCUAUCUAUUAAAAAAUGCAACGCGUUGUAUCUACUAUGUAUGUAUUUAAAUAUAGUUAUAUUUAUUUAAAAUAUACAUGCAUGAAUACACACACACACAUAUAUAUACAUUUAUAUUUUUUUUCUGCAUACAUAUAUUUAUAACUGUAAUUUAUAUAUAAUAUUAAAUUGUAUGUGUUUAAACAAAAUGUAAAAAAAAUGUGUUUAUAUCUAUAAUAUAUUGGUUUCAUAUAUAUAUAUAUAUUGUAUAUAUUUUAAACGCAUGUGUGUUUGAACGUUAUAAAUAUAUGCAUAUAGGUAAUUAUGUGUAUAGCAAGUGAAGGUAUGUGUGUAUGUCAUUUAUAAUUGCAUAAUAUAAAAAAAGAUAUUCAAAUAAUAUGUGUUUAUAUUUGUUAAUAUGUGUGUAUAUGUAUAUAUGUAUUUAUAGCCAAUUCUGUAGCAUUUUGCUUUGUUACAAGGUAGGGGCUGAUUGUUCGAUACAAGUUAAAUACCGGUUUUUUGUUGUUGAUCCAACUAAUCGUUUGUUGUCUGCCAGCUGCAAUUGGUUUAGUUGGACCUUGUUAUUGGUAUGAAGCUUUUGUUCCCAUAAGCAGCUAUUGUGCUGAUAAUAAACCAAAAAACGUGCGUCUGCAGACUUCUGUUGUGUUUUUGCUUUUUAUUUUCAAGUGAUAAUUUUUUUGUUUGCUUGUUUUCUCUCUCUUUUUUAUUUUUUAUUUGUUGGGAAUCAUGUAAAUGUAUUUACAGCCGCUGGCUAGCUCUUCGUGCAAAUGUAUUAUUGUUAAUGUUUUAGUGUGUGUUUUGUGUUGUCUGCAGUUCUUAAGUGAGUUUGCAAGCUUUGGAUAUUGACUGAACUGCUAAAAGACCUAUGUCCUUACAGUGCAUGUUUAUAUAUAUAUGUACAUAUCUAUGUUUCCUCUUCGAAAUCUAUCUAUCUAUCUAUCUAUCUAUCUAUCUAUCUAUCCACACACAUAUAGUGAAUUUUCUCCCACACACAUGUAGUUGAUACAUUGUAAUCUAAGCCUAUUAUAUAUAGAGAUUUUUUUUUCGUUUCCAAAUAUCUUUUAUAUAUACUUUUGUAGAAACUAUUUUGUUAACAUUAGACAGAUUGUUAAAAUGGAAUACAUUCAACAUUUUAGUGUUUCAAAAAACAUCCAGCUUUCUUUCUCUCCCUUUUCUCUCUUUUCUUUCUUAAUUUCUUCCAUCGUUUUAGAGGGGGGGCAGAGCGCAGUUGAAUAUUUAGUCCAACAAUGAACUCUGUGCCUCUUCGUUAAAUAUACCUUAUAAUACUGCUGUUUUCGAGUCUUUAUUAAUAUGUAUUUACCUGUAUAGACUGCAAUCUUCUACUCAGACAUUUCAUAAAGCAAUGUCAAGUUUAGGAAAACAAAUUCAUCAAAUCCAUUCCACCCCCAUCCAUCUUUUUCCAGAUGUGCAAAGCAACACAAAGUAACACUUCCAAUACAAUUCAUUUCUGUCUCUUUUUCCAUUCUGAAUACACACAGCAUAUACAACAAAGUACAACAAAGAGAUAGUGCUGCUAAUAUCCCACUAUUUGAUUCUGUUAAAUGUGGAAUUCUGUGACUCUGUUUGUAUUGCUUUCUAUAUGUAGUGUCUUUUCAUUUAUUGCUUGUGAACAGACACUAUGAGGGUAGUAAUGGUGCUAAGUGCUGAGUGCUCUUGUAUUCUCAUUGUUUACUCGAAGUUGCUGUAAAUGUUUAUUCCCGGAUAUAGCGCUAUGUUAUGUCCGGUGCAGUCUUGGUUUUAUGUGUUUGUUACUAGAAACACGAUUUCAAAUAAAGUAUAUGGGACUUUGGUUCAAAGUGUUUUAUUUGAGGUAGUUCUAAGAAUGCCUUCAGUUCAGCGAUUGUGGCACAGCGAAUAUAGGAAGCCGGGGGUUAUUCACUAAACAGUGACAUUUUUGGUACGUUUAAACCUAAAUGUAAAUGUAAGGCUAAACACAGUCAGACUGGUUACUAUGGCUUAGAUUUAGACCUUUUCCAUUUUAGCCAUGGUGACCUACAUUUUGGAAUUUCAAUUUACCAAAAUGAAGUGUUUUGUGAAUAAACACAAGCUUAUGUUAAAUGUAUAUUUUAACACUGAACGAUAUAAGGCUCAGUCUGUUAUAGGCUUUGUUGAUUUGAUCACUAGUUAUUUUGAAGUGGCUCAAAUGCAAGUGUUUAUGUCACGUACAAAUAUAUAUAUAUAUAUUUAAAUUAAAUAUAUGUGAACGCACACACAUUUAUAUUCAAAUAAUGCUCAACUGUGUAAGUGUCUGUCAAUAGAUAAUAAUAAUACGAAUAGUUGUUGUGUCAUUAUUAUUAUCAUUAUAAUUAUUAUUAUUAUUAUUAUUUUACCAGCAUAUUCCACAGUAAAUAUCCAAUGAUUAUAUAAAUAAUGAGGUAACUGACAAACAAAAUAUUGUAGUACAGAGGGCCCUGCUUGAACUAGCUUAUGUGUGUGUGUGUGUGUAUAUGUUACAUAUUUCUAUGUUACAUAUUUAUAUGUUUUUGUAUUUUAUAAAUGUUUGUAUAUGUAUUCACUGUAUGCAAAUUAGUGUACUUUAUUUUUGUACAGCUGUGUAUGUGUUUAAAUGAAAAUACGUUUCUAUGUAUGUAUGCAUGCUGUAUGUACACACAACCCAAACACAAGCUCUAUAGUGUGAGGUAUAUUUAAUAUAAAGUCAGUUGUGUUAACUUCACAUACAACUAGGAAACUUUGGGACAACGUAAGUGAGGUUAUAAGAAAUCAUCCCCAGUAUAAAACAGCUGGGUGUCAUUUUUUUUCCCCCAACUCUCUUGGUUUGGGCAAAAUGUUGCAGAUUCUGAGCAGAUUUUCUAUUACUACAUUUAUUCAUAGAGAUUUAUUCACUAAAAGGAGAAACAUGGGAAAAUAAUCAAAUUGAAUUAUUUUUCGACAGCACAGUAAAGCUGGACAAAUCUACAAUUCUACAAUUCAGUUGAUUUUUUUUAGUACAGGCAUUUUAGGCAUUUUGGGGUACAUUUGGUAAAGUCUAAUAUCAAGUCACUCGGGCUCUCUGUCUAGACUUCUGUUUUCACAAGUUUAGUCACUAACGAAUUGCAAAAUUCAGAUGUGAAUCAUAAAAAAAAAAAUCAAUUUCAGCUCAGAUUAAUAUUUCUUUAUUAAACCAAGUCAGUGGCCUCAACUGGCUGUAUAAGACCAUCAGCAUUUACUUGUUAAACAAUGAGGUGUAUGUGCUUUGGCAACCGAAUAGCACAUAGGUGAGUUGUAAAACAAAAUAAAACAUUUCAGAUUCUACAGGUUUGUUGUGUUUGUCUUUUGUUUGUUUGUUGUUGUUUUUUUUACCACUGGUUUGAGAUACAUUUUGCAAAGUCCCACAAGUUCCCAUUGUCAGCUUUUUGGACAGAUAAUUAGUAAAUAGCAAGUUGCAUGUCACUGGACUGCCAAGGUGGAAAACAAAACUAUCUAGCUCUGAUGCAUUGGAUUUAUUGAAUAUUUUCCAAUGCUGACAUUGAGAUAUUAAUUUAAAACACGCUUCUCAAACCCAUACAAGUCACAGUUAAUUGAAUGGAUACCAACAUAGUUCAGAUUCGCACGUGUUCAUAUACAUUUAUAGAAACAUACACUGCUGUCUGUGCGUCCGUCUAUCUAUCUAUCUAUCUAUCUAUCUAUCUAUCUAUCUAUCUGUUUGUCUGUCUAUCUGUCUGUCUAUCUAUAUCUACCUAUCUAUCUACCUAUCUACCAGUCUGUCUGUCUGUCUAUCUAUCUAUCUAUCUAUGUACCUAUCUACCAGUCUGUCUAUCUAUCUAUCUAUCUAUCUAUCUAUCUAUCUAUCUAUCUAUCUAUCUAUCUAUCUAUCUAUGUACCUAUCUACCAGUCUGUCUGUCUGUCUAUCUAUCUAUCUACCUAUCUACCAGUCUGUCUGUCUGUCUAUCUAUCUAUCUGUCUGUCUGUCUGUCUAUCUAUCUAUCUACCAGUCUGUCUAUUUAUCUAUCCAUCUAUAUCACACAAACACACACCUAGAUUAGACACUAUUAUUAUUCAUUAAAGUGUGAAUUCGAAGUGAAUUUAAAAUUAAAGGUCAAAAUAGCCCAACUGAAAAAAAAUAUCUAAGGCAACUCUGCUCUCCUUUUAGCUACCCUGGCCUUAAAUUGGAAAUACACUUUGAAUUCUCUCUUUAGUAAAUAGCCCUUUAAAUUUAUGUGCAUAACUACUGUGAGACUCUGUCUAUGAGUGUGAUAAAUGUAUGUGAUAUUUACGUCCCAUUUAUGCGUGAUAAAUAUAUGUAUGCAUUUGUGUGUCAUGAUUAUAUAUACAUAGUAUGUGAAGAAUGAGUGUUUAUGUGUGCAUGUAUAACUAAUAAUAUAUCUGUGUAUGCCCAUUGUACACGUGGUGUGUGCGUGUAUGUGUGUGAUUGUGUAUUAUUUUGUCUUAUUUUUUUUAGGUAUAUAUUGUAUUUUAUAUUUAUUUGUGUAUGUGUGUGAUUGUGUAUUAUUUUAUCUUUUUUUUUUGGUAUAUUUUGUAUUUUAUAUUUGUGUGUGUAUGUGUAUGUCUGUGUAUGAGUGUGUCUGUGAGAUCGUGAGAGGUACAUUAGAAUGUGUUUUCCUUGUGCAGUGUAGUCAUUGAUCCCAGGAUUAUGAAGUAAGGCUACUCUUUGUUGCUGAAAUCCGUGCAUAAUUUUGUAGGAAUAUCUCAUCAGACAUGUGUGACACAAAUCCAAUCCCAUACAGUGGCCAGGAUUUGAUGUGAGCAAGAUAUCUGUUACUGGAAUUAUGUAUGUCAAGUUGAAAGCUUUGAGCCUGUGCCCUGGUUCCCCUGCAUGUAUUACACACUAUGCGGCAGAAAUGUAUUAAACGAUACAAUAUUGCAGAUAUUCAUUAUCUCAUACUAGUUCUAUUGGUGCUGCUACAAAGUUUCUAGCAAAUGACACUUUGCCUAUUAGGUGAACGUGUAAGGGUUAGACGUUCAAAUAGAAACUGAGAUAGGUUAUUUUUAGCAGUGUGAUUUUCAGAAUUAUUUCCAGGGGUACUUAUAUUUAAAUAUUAUUUUUAACAGAGGAUAUAAAGGCAGAAAACGCUACAGGAAAUUGGCUGACUGCUAAGAGCGGAAGAAAGAAGAGAUGUCCUUACACUAAGCAUCAGACCUUGGAAUUGGAGAAGGAGUUCUUGUUUAAUAUGUACUUGACCCGCGAGCGCCGCCUAGAGAUUAGUAAGAGUAUCAACUUAACAGACAGACAAGUGAAAAUCUGGUUUCAAAACCGCAGGAUGAAACUGAAGAAAAUGAACAGGGAGAACCGAAUUCGAGAACUGACAUCCAAUUUUAAUUUUACUUGA